GGACGUCGGAGGGGCCCGAGGUGACGUCGAGGCGGGCUGGGCCCCUGGCGGGCUCUCCCCGCAGCACACUCUCGCCGCGCCCCCUGGCGGAUGCUAGUCCUCGACGGGCUCCGGACGUUCAGCUGAUGCGACCCGGAGGGGCAGCCUCCUCCCGUCACUUCAGCCAGCGCCGCAACUAUAAGAGGCGGUGCCGCCCGCCGUGGCCGCCUCAGCCCACCAGCCGGGACCGCGAGCCAUGCUGUCCGCCGCCCGCCCCCAGCGUUGUUAAAGCCAGACUGCGAACUCUCGCCACUGCCGCCACCGCCGCGUCCCGUCCCACCGUCGCGGGCAACAGCCAAAGUCGCCGCAACUGCAGCACAGAGCGGGCAAAGCCAGGCAGGCCAUGGGGCUCUGGGCGCAGUUGCCUGGCUGGGUUUCUGCUACGCUGCUGCUAGCGCUGGCCGCUCUGCCCGCAGCCCUGGCUGCCAACAGCAGUGGCCGAUGGUGGGGUAUUGUGAACGUAGCCUCCUCCACGAACCUGCUGACGGACUCCAAGAGUCUGCAACUGGUACUUGAGCCCAGUCUGCAGCUGUUGAGCCGCAAACAGCGGCGUCUGAUACGCCAAAAUCCGGGGAUCCUGCACAGCGUGAGUGGGGGGCUGCAGAGUGCCGUGCGCGAGUGCAAGUGGCAGUUCCGGAAUCGCCGCUGGAACUGUCCCACUGCUCCAGGGCCCCACCUCUUCGGCAAGAUCGUCAACCGAGGCUGUCGAGAAACGGCGUUUAUCUUCGCUAUCACCUCCGCCGGGGUCACCCAUUCGGUGGCGCGCUCCUGCUCAGAGGGUUCCAUCGAAUCCUGCACGUGUGACUACCGGCGGCGCGGCCCCGGGGGCCCCGACUGGCACUGGGGGGGCUGCAGCGACAACAUUGACUUCGGCCGCCUCUUCGGCCGGGAGUUCGUGGACUCCGGGGAGAAGGGGCGGGACCUGCGCUUCCUCAUGAACCUUCACAACAACGAGGCAGGCCGUACGACCGUAUUCUCCGAGAUGCGCCAGGAGUGCAAGUGCCACGGGAUGUCCGGCUCGUGCACGGUGCGCACGUGCUGGAUGCGGCUGCCCACGCUGCGCGCCGUGGGCGAUGUGCUGCGCGACCGCUUCGACGGCGCCUCGCGCGUCCUCUACGGCAACCGGGGCAGCAACCGCGCUUCGCGGGCGGAGCUGCUGCGCCUGGAGCCGGAAGACCCGGCCCACAAACCGCCCUCCCCCCACGACCUCGUCUACUUCGAGAAAUCGCCCAACUUCUGCACGUACAGCGGACGCCUGGGUACAGCGGGCACGGCAGGGCGCGCCUGUAACAGCUCGUCGCCCGCGCUGGACGGCUGCGAGCUGCUCUGCUGCGGCAGGGGCCACCGCACGCGCACGCAGCGCGUCACCGAGCGCUGCAACUGCACCUUCCACUGGUGCUGCCACGUCAGCUGCCGCAACUGCACGCACACGCGCGUACUGCACGAGUGUCUGUGAGGCUCUGCGCGGACUCGCCCCCAGGAACGCUCUCCUCGAGCCCUCCCCCAAACAGACUCGCUAGCACUCAAGACCCGGUUAUUCGCCCACCCGAGUACCUCCAGUCACACUCCCUGCGGUUCAUAUGUACCCAUCUCUCCCACUUCCUCCUACCUGGGGACUCCUCAAACCACUUGCCUGGGGCGGCAUGAACCCUCUUGCCAUCCUGAUGGACCUGCCCCGGACCUACCUCCCUCCCUCUCCGCGGGAGACCCCUUGUUGCACUGCCCCCUGCUUGGCCAGGAGGUGAGAGAAGGAUGGGUCCCCUCCGCCGUGGGGUCGGCUCCUGACGGUGUCAUUCUGCCUGCUCCAUCGCGCCAGCGACCUCUCUGCCUCUCUUCUUUCCCUUUGUCCUGCGUUUUCUCCGGGUCCUCCUAGGUCCCUUCCUGUUCUCCUGCCAUGAGUGCAGACCCUGAACCCACACCUGGGCAUCAGGGCCUUUCUCCUCCCCACCUGUAGCUGAAGCAGGAGGUUACAGGGCAAAAGGGCAGCUGUGAUGAUGUGGAAAUGAGGUUGGGGGAACCAGCAGAAAUGCCCCCAUUCUCCCAGUCUCUGUCUUGGAGCCAUUGAACAGCUGUGAGCCAUGCCUCCCUGGGCCACCUCCUACCCCUUCCUGUCCUGCCUCCUCAUCAGUGUGUAAAUAAUUUGCACUGAAACGUGGAUACAGAGCCACGAGUUUGGAUGUUGUAAAUAAAACUAUUUAUUGUGCUGGGUCCCAGCCUGGUUUGCAAAGACCAUCUCCAACCCAACCCAAUCCCUCUCCACUCUUCUCUGCUUUCUCCCUGCAGCCUUUUCUGGUCCCUCUUCUCUCCUCCGUUUCUCAAAGAUGCGUUUGCCUCCUGGAAUCAGUAUUUCCUUCCACUGUAGCUAUUAGCGGCUCCUCGCCCCCACCAGUGUAGCAUCUUCCUCUGCAGAAUAAAAUCUCUAUUUUUAUCGAU